AAGUGCACGAAUUCGCGGCAGCGUCGUGCAAAGCGACAGCGGCGUCGGGAGGAGACGAAGGCGGUAGAGGCAGCGCAGCCAGUGAUUUCGCUCUUGGAUGAUGUUACAAAUGCAAUAAAUCGCAUGGAAAAAGAGCGUAAACUGAAGGAAGGCGUACCAGAUGAUUGCGAGAAUGCCACCAUGCUAUCGUUCACAGAUACCAUUGGAAACGAUCGCGACAUGGAAUCCGUUACUGUCAAAGAGGAAAUACCACCACCACAUCAAGCAGAUUCAUCGCUAAGAGACAGCCCGCAAGGCGUUUCAGAAUCAGCUGAUGUUGCUUCGGCAACUAACAGUGCCCUAAAGAAAAGCUCCACAAAGUCGGGCACGGCUGUCACGAAAAAAUCAAUGUCGUCGCACUGUCACCAGCAGAUUACUAGCGCCAGUCUCCAGUCGACAGCUGUGACUGUAACAUCACCACCUCGUUUCGUCGCAGAAGCAGCUUGUGAUAAAACAUUUUUCGUGGGGACACCGAAGCGUAUAUCAAAGCAGCGAAAUUUGGAAAUUCGUUGUGUGAGUGGUGCUGGCAAAGAUAUCGUGAAAGGAUGUAAUCAGGAGCCAGCGGUGUUUGGGGCAGAUUUCUCGAAAUCAGAUGCUAUUAAGAAGCAGUUGUUGAAGGCUAAAACGGGAGAUGUAAGCUUACUCUUUCCCAAGCUUCUCAACCUGAACGAUCUGGAACACGGGGAAAAUAUGCUUUUUUUUUGCGAAUUUUCGUUAAGAACUUAUCUUUGCUAG